AUUGGAAAUGCAUGUGAGGUCACCCUUUAUCAACAGCCCCAUGUUUCCUUCUCUUGGGAAUCUACAGUUGGUUUAGGUGGAUUUCUGAGCAGCAAAUCUGUCUUGGCCGCAACAGCGGAGGAGAACAGAGCAGCUUCCAGCCUGGGACCACUAGCUGCUGCACAGAAACAGGAAAGGAAACCAGAAGCUGCUCUUAUAUUUAUGGGUCUGCAGCACUUCAGUAGAAGGCAGAGGAAGAGGUUGUCUGGAGAGUGCCUGCAGCCCUGCUCUGAGCACAUUGACACAGCUGACAGUUACACAGCAGUCAUGAGUACAGCCAGCAAGGAGUCACUGGAGAGCAGUCUACGGCAGCUAAAAUGCCACUUCACCUGGAACCUGAUAGCAGAAGAUGAGUCCUUGGAUGAGUUUGAGGACAGGGUGUUUAACAAGGACGAGUUUCAGAACCGUGAGUUUAAAGCCACCAUGUGCAACAUACUGGCCUAUGUGAAGCACCGCAGAGGUCUAAAUGAGGAGGCUCUGAAAUGCUUAGGGGAAGCUGAAGACUUCAUCCAGCAACAGCAUCCUGACCGAGUAGAAAUCAAAAGUCUGGUCACCUGGGGAAACUACGCUUGGGUCCACUAUCACAUGGGCCAGCUCUCAAAAGCUCAGGCGUAUCUGGACAAGGUGAAACAGGUCUGCAAGAAGUUUUCCAGCCCCUACAGGAUUGAGAAUCCUCUGCUUGACUGUGAGGAGGGGUGGGCCCGACUAAAGUGUACCAAGAACCAAAACGAGAGAGUGAAGGUGUGUUUCGAGAAGGCUCUGGAAAAGGACCCGAAGAACCCGGAAUUCACCUCUGGAUGGGCCAUUGCAAAGUUCCGUCUGGACGACUGGCCAGCAGAGAAUAACUAUAUGGACUCUCUGAAACAAGCUGUUAAUCUGUCUCCUGACAACACUUACGUUAAAGUCCUCUUGGCACUGAAGCUUGCCGAGACACAGGAAAACCAAGCAAAGGAGCUAGUUGAAGAAGCCUUAAAGAAAGACCCAAGUGCAAUAGAUACACUGCUCAUUGCAGCCAGGUUUUUUGUAAAGAUAACUGACACAGACAGAGCUAUAGAGUUGCUUAGAAAGGCUUUGGAAGUCCUUCAACUGUUAAACACAAGGGAAACUGCAUUUAAUGGGGAUAGGAAGAAAUUAGAGAAACUAAUAAGGAAAGCAGAGGAAACCAAGGAGAUGCUCAAACAUUCCCGUAGCUCUCUUUAUGCCAUGAUAUAUCAGAAUGAAGAAGAUGAUUAUUACUUCCAGAAAGAAUUCAAGAAGGACCUCCUUCCUGGCCCUAGACAGUUACUCCACCUUCAGUAUGGCAACUUUCAGCUAUUUCAAAUGAACUGUGAAGACGAGGCCAUUAAACAUUAUAUGGAGGGUGUGAAAAUAAAGCGGGAAACAAAGCCAAAAGAAAAGAUGAAAGUCAAACUCCAAAGAAUUGCCCAAAGGCGGCUUCGUAAUGACAGAUCUGAUUCUGAGGCCUUGCGCAUCUUGGCAUUUCUUCGGGAGAAUGGAGAAGGUCAGCAAGCAUCUGAUAAAGACUCUGAGGGGAAAGUGGACUCUGCAAACCAGGUCCCUUCAGCAUCUUUGGAUGAAGCAGGUGCCUGGCUUACUGCUGGAAGGAAAAAGAAAUCCCUUACCAAGCUGCCAUUCAAAAUACUUAACCCCUCCUGAACUGUUCAUUCUGACUAUAGUAUUUGUCAGGAGGCUGGGGAACCCUGCUAUCAGAUUUUAGCACCUGAAUUGCUGGACUGUGGGGUGGUCUGAGAGAGAGGGACCUGAUGAGGGGGUGUAUUUUCAGGAUCUUGGCAAACAGCCUAGAGCACUUUCUAUUUCUUUAAAAUAGUUUCCACAGAAGCAAUUCUUUAAUCACCCCCCAGUGGAGGCUUGUCUUGGGCUUGUUUCUGUAUUUAUGCAAAGCAGCCAAAUCCCUCCUAUGGGUGAGUGUUGCAUCCUUGAAUUAUUUUAGAUAUUGCCCAGCCUUGUUCUAUAUACAUAAGGAUGUCCCUCCAAACGCUCAGGAGGCAAGGUCUGUGGCUCAGGACUGGAAUCCUAGCACUUGGCAACUGAGAUAGGAGGAUUACAGUGAGCUUGAGGUCAGCCUGAAUGUGACCUGGAAGGGGUGAGGGGUGGUGGUGGUGGGUGGCGAGGAUUAUACAUGUAAAUACUUAAUGAUUAUGUAUAUUACCUUGUUAGUUUGGGUGAGUAUAUGUCUAUAUAACAACUAUUAACACACUAACAUAUAUAUAUAUAUAUAUAUAUAUAAAAGAAGGUAGAGAUUUUGCUUUGUUGACUAAUUUUGAGACUUACAAAAAUAAUGUUCAAUAUUAAUUGAGCUCAAAAUAGAAAUUCAAUAGUGAGUCCCAGAUCUAAAAACAAAUAACAAAUAUGUGGGACCAAACCAUUCCUCCAGCUUACCAGCCAGCCCCCCACCUAUGGUGUCUCAUACACAUGAUUUCAACUGUUCCAUUAACUUAGAUGGCAGCAGGAUUUGAAAAACAUAGAACAGGGAAAGUCAGAAGGACCAUAUCUGGGCAAACCAGUAGACUCAGGCAGCUACAAUGCCAGACUUCCUGGAGGCACAUGGGGAGACUUCUCCCUACUCUGCACUCCGAGGAUUAUGCUGUUGUAUAAAAAGAAAUGGGGCUCUGUCUACCACCAUGGCUAUGCACAUAAACAUUUAUUUCAAGCAUGUGGAAACCACAGUGGGGAUGGAGGGACUGCUACUUUAUACUUGACAAUUAUAAACUCAUGAGGAAAAACUUUAUGGUCACUGUUAGGAAGAUUUCUCUGUCAAAUGAAUACUUACUUUAUUCAAAAAAUCUAUAAUGACCCACAUUGCAUAUUCCAGGAAGGCAGCUCCUAGGAGAAUAAUUUGAACUGAAGAUUGCAUUGAGGGACUUAGAAAUGGCAUGGGUGUUGGAAUUGAGUUGUUUUCUUCCAUUAGAAAUGUGGCAUACCAAGAGAUAUAAAUAAUUCUUUUAACUGCGGAAAAAAAAAAAACUACAGACACACCAAAAAAAUUGAUAAUCUCCCUUUCCUAAGUAGAUCUUGAAGGGUCUAAAUGUUAAGGUUAGUGUGAAUCCACAGUCAAGUGGCCCAGUGUGAGACUGUUGGCCACACUCUGAGAUACAAAAAUGUUUCUCUACUGGGAUCAGCUUUUCUUUAUGUAUAUAUGAACAUUUUAUUCAGUAGUUAAAACACACAGAAUUCAUAGAUUGUUAAAACUUGUCACAGGAACUUUCCUGUCCAGUUGCAUGAGUGCAAAGAGGGUAUGUGAUUGGACAGGAAAAGAGAGAGAAAGAGAGAGGGAGAGCAGGCUCAUGGGCACAGAGUACAGAGGUCUUAGCAGGAGUUGAUGAACAAUGGCUUGUGACAUUUUUCUACAUGUUUCUUAAGGUUAGAAAUAUUGAGAUAAGACUUUUAUCAUUGUAAAUUGACAUCUUGUAAUUUCGAGUUUAAUAUACAUUAAUCUAUUUGGCUAACUAAUUAAGCAUUAAGAGUUUUGAUUUAUGAGAGGAGAGGUCCUUGGACCUGUGAAGGCUCAUUGCCCCAGGGUAGGGGAUGCCAGGUCAGGGAAGCAGGAGUGGGUGUGUUAGGCAGCAGGGGGAGGAAGAAUGGGAUAGGGGCUUUUCAGAGGUAAAAAGAAGAAAGCAUUUGAAAUGUAAAGAAAGGAAAUUUCUAAAAAAAGAUAAAGAAAAGAAAAUAACAGCUGAAACGAAUAACAAAAUGAUCAGUUACAAAAUAAAUAAAUACAAAGUAUGUAUAAAAAUAAAAAAAAAAGGUUUUCAUUUAUUGGUUACUAAAAUGUGGGUCUGAUGGUGGAGAGCUGGCAGUCAGGGGGUGAAAUGGGGGAGGGAAGCCAGAGAAUCGAGGGGCACCCUGCCCGGACAAUAACUGCCAGUUUUUGUCUGCAGUUAUAACUGCCAGUGCUGAUACUGGCCUCAUGGGUGAGGAAAGUUGGUGGCUAAAGUGGCCAAGACCACUCCAAAAAUCUGUGGUGGUCAUCACCACAGCAGAGAGUUUGUGGGACAUUCAUUUUUUUUAAUAUCUCCUGCAACAAAAACUGAAUAUUCUAGCAGCUGUAACAAUGUUCCAUGAUAUUUUAAAAAUGAAAAAAUGCUCCGUAUGCAUUAAGUCUAUCGAGAUUCGCCAUUUGAAGUUCUGGAAAGAUAAUAAACUUUGUUUAUAAAUAA